AGCGCGCACACCUGGACAGGAGAUGUGUUUCACUUUCCAAAGGGAAAAUCUUCGGGAACGCAUUCAGGCAGGAACAUGGCCACUGCUGCUGAGCACGGACACAACUCCUGGGAGCUCAGCAUCCAGGUGGACCAGCGUGAGGGAGAUGAGGGCAUGAAGUUUAAAUUGCGGGUCAAGGGGGAUCUUCACAUCGGGGGUCUCAUGCUCAAACUGGUGGAGAAGAUCAGAGCCCUGGGUCUGUACAGUAAAACUAUGACUCCGACUUAUGACCCGGAUAGCGGGUCGCCUGCAUCUUCCACCAGUCUGUGGUUCGGCGAGAAUCCUCUGACGGCCUGCCAACCCAACCUUCCACCGGAGGAACUGGCCAAACUCUUCAAGCCUCUUACCAUGGAGGAUAAAGCGGCAAUUAAUGCUGGGUGGCUGGAUUCCUCUCGCUCGCUGAUGGAGCAAGGAAUUCAGGAAAACGACAGACUCCUGCUGCGGUUCAAGUACCACUGCUUCUUUGACCUCAACCCAAAGUAUGAUGCUGUGAGAAUCACGCAGUUGUAUGAACAGGCCAGAUGGGCGAUACUGCUGGAGGAGAUCGAGUGCACUGAAGAAGAGAUGCUCAUGUUUGCAUCCCUGCAGUAUCACAUCUGUAAAUUGACUUUAUCAACGGAGCCACUGACCAAUUCCAAUGAACCAGAGAUUGAUGAAGUCGAGGCUGCGCUUUCAAACUUAGAAUCCACGCUGGAAGGACGGAAUGCUGAUAAGAUCCUGGAAGAUAUCACUGACAUUCCAAAGCUGGAAGAUACACUUAAAUUGUUUAGGCCCAAGCGAUUAACAUUAAAGCCAUAUAAGGAGUACUGGUUUGUUUUUAGGGACACCACCAUUUCUUAUUACAAAAGCAAAGAGUCGGCGAAUAAAGAACCCAUUGAGCAACUCCAUCUACGAGGAUGUGAGGUCAUUCCUGAUGUCAACGUCACUGAGAAGAAGUUUGGCCUCAAGUUGUUAUUGCCAGCGGCUGAUGGAAUGAACGAGGUUUAUGUUCGCUGCGACAAUGAAACGCAAUAUGCCAAGUGGAAAGCUGCCUGUAUUUUGGCUUCCAAAGGAAAGACGAUGGCCUACAGCUCGUACCGCACCGAGGUGAAGAACAUCCAGUCUUUCCUGCAGAUGAAGAGUCUAGCGCCUCCUCCUGGCCAGGCAGCACCUGACGUAGAGUCAAUGGAGAUGAAUGCCGAGUGCUUUGUUUCUCCACGAUAUGCAAAGAAGUACAAGACCAAACAGCUGACCACACGAAUCUUGGAGGCCCUUCACAAUAUUUCCCAGCUUUCCCUCAUGGAGGCCAAAAUGCGUUUUAUCCAAGCAUGGCAGUCCCUGCCUGAGUUUGGCAUCAAGUACUACAUUGUCAGAUUCAGAGGAAGCAAGAAAGACGAGCUGCUGGGAAUAUCCUACAACCGGCUGAUCCGCAUCGACAUGUCAACGGGUUUGCCGGUGACCACCUGGAGGUUCUCCAACAUUAAACAAUGGAAUGUCAACUGGGAGAUUAAACAGGUGACCAUCGAGUUUGACCAGAGCGUGUCGAUUGCGUUCUCCUGCCAGAGCUGCGACUGCAAAGUGGUACAUGAAUAUAUCGGAGGCUACAUUUUCCUUUCGACGCGCUCAAAAGACCAAAAUGAGACUUUAGAUGAAGAACUCUUCCACAAGCUCACGGGAGGACAAGACUGACCUCAAAUCAACACUCACCUUUA